CUGGAGACAUGCAAGUGCCAUGAUGUUGAAGAACUCGAGAGCUACAAAGCAUUACCCCACCAUCAUCUGCUAGGUGCCAACUGCAACCUUCAACCAUACUUCCAAACUGUUGACCAACACACAUAUAUGAAAAGUCUAAGUUGACAAUGUCAAAACAAUACCUCACCGCCCACACGGUGGACCAAGCCCACCCAGCAGAUAUCUUCUCCCUCGCUCCGACGCCGACAAGCCUUCUCUCAGCGAGCGGCUCCUCAUCCCUCCUCGUGCACAGCACCACGGACGCGUCCUUCCCGCUGCAGCAGACCAUCGCCGCCGCGCACAAGCUCGGCUGCCACCACGUGUGCACCGCGCGGGGCGGGGUCGGCAGCGUCGCCGCGAGUGUUGGAUUUGGAGGGGAGAUCAAGAUCUGGUCAAGCGAUGGCAAGGAGUUUCAUCUCGAAUGGGAGAUCACACCGGCUACGUGGGCGAGCAACAAUGGGAAUGGGAAUGGGAAUGGUGCGGCUGGAGGAGCCGACGUGUGGGCCAUAGCGCUGAGCGCGGAUGAAGGGUACCUCGCCUGCACGACCAGCGACGGGCGGAUCCAUGUCUGGGAUCUUGCCGCGAGGGAGAAGAUACAGACGUAUGAGACUGGUGCUAGGGGAGGGGGUAGUUUUGCCAUGGCUGUGGACCUGAGUGUGGACGGGAGGCUUACGGCUAGUGGGCAUGAGAGUGGCGCGGUGUAUGUGUUUAACAAUGAUGCGGGGAGGACGGUUUACUCGUUGUCUGGUCUGGCCAAGCCCGUUCGCGCGGUUGCUUUCUCGCCCGGCUGCAAACGUCUUGCGGCUGCGGGUAACGCGGGCGUCAUCGCGCUGUAUGAUAUGGAGCACGGAGAACAUGUGGGAAAUCUUACAACGCCGAGCACACGGCCGGCGUGGAUCACAUCACUGGAUUGGAACGAAACUGGCGAGUACCUCCUGAGCGGGUCACUCGACGGGAAGGUCAAGGUCUGGGAUGUCGCUCGCGGGGUCUGUGUGGCCACGCACAGCGAGACAGAAGGGGCUUUGUGGAGUGUCCGUUGGCUACCCAAGACUGAGAGGGCUCUGGCGCCGGGUAUGGGCAAGGGCGAGAUGUUCUGCGCGGCUGGGGCGAGCAGGAGUAUCACCUUCUACCGGGAAGCAACAGGGUCUUGAGCAUGGCGAAGGGCUCUUAGGAGGCGGUCAUAAGACGUGGGGUCCGCUCGACAUCGAUUGCUUAGAUGGGUGAUGGGAUAGAGAAAAUACAACAUGGCCUGGUGCCAGGUCAUAUGCCCCAGGGCCCCUUAUCGACACCAUCGGAGAGCGUGGUUGGGCUCUGAAACCCGGACUCCAGGCUCCGCUUAUAAUGAAGUCGGGGUGAGCACUUGAUUACUUUGCCAAAUUAUAG